AGACAUUCUUGACAUCUGCCAUGCCUAACAUUAUGCAAUUUAGGAAGUUUUGUUCCUAGUUACACACUUGAAUGCUCAAAGAAUGGCCAAUCAAACAUGCAUGCAGCGCUCUAAGCGCUUGGCCCAGAAACCUAAGGUAUGACUGUAGUUGAUUGACACAUCACACUUCACGACGGACUCCAUGGACAAUUCUCCAUAUUUGACAACCUGAAGGCAUUUUUGAACCUCUCACUCGAUCAAAAUGCCCGAGUAUUACCAAGUCUUCCUCGUCAAGUUCCACCUCGGCAUUCAGGACCCAGACAUCCCCGGCGAGCGACAGCAUACGACCAUCUUUGUCCAGACCGGAGAAGAUGGCAGCGGCACCAUUCACCAAGUGACCGGCGACAUCACUGCCUCGGAUGGGAUGUAUUACUUCCCAGCAGCUACUGACGAUCCGACCUCCACGGAGGACUUUCAUUCGAGUCAAAAGAUAGGCGUCACACCGACCGCUAGCCACCCUGAUCAAUGGAAUCAAGUGCUCGGAAGUCUGCCCCCUCCGCCUCAGCAGAAGGCAUUCAACUUAAGAACCAUGAGAACGGAGCCGUUCAAAAUGAAAGAUCCGUUGACUUUCUAUGGCCCUGGAGAACCUAGGAAGCCUUUGGUGAAGUGCACCGAGUGGACGAUAGAGAGUGCCAUCCCGACUCUCGUGUCAGAGGGGCUUCUCAUCCGACAGGAGGGCAGUUGAGCAUAGCUGAAGACUUUUGGGGCUGCGUGUCUUCUGCUCUGGAGGAUAGCAGAAGUGUUCCCACGUGUGGACCUUUCUGAUUUGGUGAAUCCAUCACUCUGGCCAGGUGGAUAACAUGAUGGUAUCUUGGAAUUCAUGCCUUUCUCAUCACCUAUGACACACUGAUCAAUUACGUAUCUAGCCAUAGACCAAUUCUUCCAAUACUUCUUAUUCUUGAGCACCAGCAUCUAAUAGUGGUCUUUAUCGUGCACAAGCGCUUCUGAGCAGCACAAUGGCAUAAUCAAUGGGUGACCUUAUACUCCAGCAUUUGGCUCGGUCGCUAUAAGAUAUAGUUCAUGCUUCAUUUUUACAAAGACCUAGC